UAUUAUAAUUAUACAUAAAGUAAAAAUAUACUUGAACUUUACUUAUGUAUACUGAAUAAAAUGUAAUUAUACUUUUCUUUUUUUGUAAGGGUUUGGACAGUUAGCGUGCUUCUAACAGUCAUGUUUAUCUUCAUUUCUUCAGGGCAGAGUGAUACCUUUUUACCUGACAGAAUAAAACUGGAUACGACACAGGCUGAGAUUUCCAAAGAUAACAUUGACUUUCAAAUGAAUGUCAUGUUCAGUGAAGAUUUUGAUAAAGAUGUUGGGUUUGUCCUCUAUGAUAGUGAUCAGUUCUUUCAGUCAAAAAGCUUUCAACCUUCUUUGGAUACCAAAAGAAGAGUAAUAUCUGCUAACCUUCAAGAACAUCUUGGAUUGGACCACAUUGAGUUUGCAUUCACACCAUCGGUUGAUUCCACACUAUCCCUCAACAACUUUGCAUGUGUGUUUUGGAGUUACACUGAAAAUUACUGGAGCCCAGAAGGCUGCUCCAAAAUAUUGAACUCCUCAGGUCAUGUAGUAUGCAGCUGUCAACCGAAAAAUUUUAAAAAUGCAAACUUUGCCAUUCUGAUGGCAUUUGAUAUCAACUAUCAGUAUUCUGAAGCCUUGCAUUGGAUCAGCAUCACCGGCUGCGCUCUGUCUGUACUGGGUCUGUCUGUCACAGCUGUGUACCAAAUCAUAACCAGGAAGUCAAGAGGAGGCAGUCCUACUCUGCUAGUUGUGAACAUCUGCAUCAGCAUGACGGUUUUCUACCUUCUCUUCAUCUUCGGCAUAAACAACCCUGUCCAACAUCUGAGUGUGGCAAAGUUGUCUGGUCAGAACAUAGUUCCCGAGUCAGACCAUCACAAGUACCCAGAUGAGGGUCCCUGUACAGCAUUUACAGCUCUGCUUCAGUACUUCCUGUUGGCCACGUUCACUUGGAACACUCUGUACGGCCUUAAUGUGUUCCUCCUCUUCCAAAAUGGAGCGUCUGGAACACCUCCAUGGUUUCCAAAGGUCUCCCUGGCUAUUGGAUGGGUUCUACCCGCUGUUAUUGUUGGCAUCUCAUUGGGUUCCACCUACAGUGUGAAAGAGCCUUUAGGUUAUCGACAAGAAGAGUUUUGCUGGCUGGCUUCACUGGACGACAAACAGAAGUUCAAUAUGGGAAAACCUAUGUUUUGGGGAUUCUUGCUCCCAUUAAUGCUCAUGCUGCUCUCAAACAUGGCAAUACUGAUGUACUUCUCUCACAACAUAUGCAGGACCAACCCUAAAUUAAACAGUUCACGGAAAACUCCUCUAAAGAAGAAGGUUUUGAGUAGUUUCUCUCUGGCAGUGAUGCUCGGCCUGUCCUGGGUCACCGGCUACAUUUUGAUCAUCACCCGUGAAACAAAUCUCAAACUUAUUCUGAGUGUGGUUUUCUGUCUCUUAAACACAACACAGGGGGUUCAAAUAUUAAUUUUAUUCACUCUGAGGCCAUUUUUAAACUCACACCCAGCAUUUCUGACCAGUCUGUGUGUGUCAAACAUAGGCUUUCGCAGGAAGACUUUCUCUUUAUGGAAAAAUAAGAUACCAGAAAGCAACGAAAGCUACAAAUCCACUGAAUAUGAAUUGGCCUGAUGGGCCAUCAAAGGUAAUAACCUAAAGAUAAUUAUUUUGAGACUUU